CGAUACGAAAAAUAUUUAAUUGUACGACUUUGAAGAAAAAGAAACCAAUUAUUUUCUAUUUUCUAUGUACUAUUUUUAUAAAUAUCGUAAUCAAUAUGUUAAAUGACAGUAACGAAGAUAAGAAAAUAUGAAAUAGUAUCGUGCACAUGUGUGUCAGUUCUGACGAAUAUGUGACAUGUAACAAUAGGUCAAAUUAAAAGGAUUUAUGAAAAAAUAUACAGUAGAUGUAUCGAUAAAAAGUUAAUAUGGCAACAUCAGAGAGUGAUGAUUUUGAGAGUGCUGACGAAGAAUUAGCUCAUAAUGUAACUUCAAAAGUUAAUGUAGAAGAUACGAGGUGGCCUGGUAUGCAAUCGGUCGUUGAUUCUGAAUCGGAUGACGAUACAGAAUGCAUUCCACAGUUACCCAGAAAAAAUAUCUUAAUCUAUGAGAAGCCCAGAUUCCGUUCUUUUCCAAGAGAAGUUGCUAACAGUGAAGAAAAACUUACUACCUUAAAGGAUACGCCUACUAAAGAAUGUAACGACGAAGAAAGUAAAGUGUCUGCUGAAAAAAUGCAAGAGAUUGUUUCUACGGCAGAUAUAGUAACAGAAACAACAGUAAUCAAAGACAAUACAUUAGAAACUUGUGCUAUGAAUCAAGAAAAUUCUAUAGAAGUUACAUCUAAAAAUAUAUCGACCACCAGUCUUAAAGAGGAAAAGUUGCCUAGAUCUAGAAGAUCAGCCGAUGGUCCUAGAAAACUUGGUGUCAAAAAACUAGGAACAAAGAUUAAAAAAGAGUCUGAAAUUACACCUAAUACGACUGAAAAUGUAAAAGAAAAUAUAUCUACAAAGAAUGUAAUUUCUAAGCAAUCUAUAAAGGAGAUAGAUGUUGUUUCUAAUAUAUCUUCUAAUAAGGAUCUCUCAGAAGUUGACAUGCCUGAAGAAUUGAAAUCAAAUAAAAAAUUUAAAGAGAUAUUUAAACCUCAAGGAUGGGAAAAAAUUGGUAAUAAUAUAGAAUUAGUUGAAGAUCUAACGGAACAAAAAAUUCAACCAGUAUUAGAUAGAUUAUCCUUAGAUGAUAAAGAUACUGAAAAUUCUUUGUGGGCCAAUUGGGGUAGUUGGGGAGUAAGUUCCUUGAUUAACACUGCUUCUGCUGGAGUUUCUACUUUGACAACUCAUGUUAGUCAAGGAUUAUUGCUUUUGGAAGAGACAAUAAAUGUAUCGGAUGCCUUGCAGUUGCAAAUGAUACAAAAUACUCAAGAAGUAGAAGAAGAAGAAGUUGUAAUUCCUGAAAAAGAGUCUAAAGAAACAGAAUCUAAUCUGUCUCAAGGACCUUUUGGUUUAAGUAGUUUUUUAUUUGGAGUUUCAUCCAUUACAAAACUAGUUGAAUCGACUGGUAGCAAAGUUAUGACCAGUGGUUUAGAUACCUUAGAAGCAAUAGGUAAAAAGACAAUGGAAGUUCUACAAGAAGGUGAUCCUGGUUUAAAAAAAAAGAGAGCAUUUUUUAUGACAGAAGAAAAUAAACCAAAUUUAUCUCAAAUACUUAGAGAAGCAAAAGAAAAAGCAGCAUCUGAAGAAAAAACUAUUGAAGAGAAACAGUUGGCAAGAAAGAUUCACUUCGAAUCUUUAUUUGAUGAUUAUCAAGGUCUGGUUCAUCUAGAAGCAUUAGAAAUGUUGUCAAAGCAGUGUAAUAUAAAGAUUCAAGGAUAUCUGAUAAAUCUUGACGCGGAAGAUUUGGUGUCCUUGCAAGAAACAUUAGAAGAAGUUAAAGAGUUAUGUGAUUUAGAUGACGAAGAAAAUAAAUCAGAAAAUAAAAAAGAUCUCAAAAGUCGUUUGGCUGAUGCUUGCCAAGAAUUAGAAAUUAUUAUUACAUAUGAAAAACUUGAAGAUGUUUGGAAUGAAGUUAAAUCUAGUUCAUAUCUUGCCUCGCCCAUGUCUCAUACGAAUCUGGAGAUCUUUCAAUGUGCUAUUUCUACUAUAGCAAAGUUUACAGCAGUUAGUGUGGAAAGGUUUCAUAAAACUGCAGAAUUACUUUUAAUUAAAGAAAGACGUAGUACUGCAAGUGAAGCAGAUGCACUUGUUCGACUAACACAUAUCUUAACAGAUGAGAUUAGUUUACUGGCUACACAUUUCUCCGAUGUAUUAAAUGAAUUUAUUAAAAUGUCUAACAAUGCAGACAGUAUUAAUGAUAAUAUAACAACAAUCUUUUUUGAAGCUGAAAAUGCAAGUUCGUACAUUCAAGAUGCUUUUAAAUUGUUAAUUCCAAUCUUACAAGUUGGUGCUCUUUAAAUGGAUGAUUAUCUUGUGAUAAUGAUUUGUUUAAAUAGAACAAUGCAGGUUCGUAUAUGAGAAAACGAUAGAUUGAUUUAAGUGUAAAUAUGAUAUAAUGAAAAUUUAUAUAAAAUAUCUAUUUCAAUUAUUUUAUAUAUCAGCAUUAAGGUGAUGGUUUAUAAAUAUGUAUAUUAUUUUUUAGAUCUUCUUAUGCACUUUGUAUUCAUUAUUAACAAAGAUAAUCAUGUAUGAAACUCAUAUUCCAAUAACGAAAAAGAUGUCUGAAAAUUUAUCUUAUGUUUAAUAUUUUUAUGAAUUAUGAAAAUAAAAAAGAAAAAGGAAAAAUGUAAAA